AUGCUCGCUCUUCGUGAUGAGAACGCGGUCAAUGCGGCCCAGACGAUCCGGCAGGCUCAAGGAAAGGGGCAUCUGGCCCCUAAGACGCCUGGAGCCCGGUACCCCAAGACGCCGUCAGGACAUCACGAUGAGAACGCCGUUGGUGGGAAGACCAUUCUCGGAAAGACGAAAGGCACAAUCAAUCAGCCAGCUCGUCAGAGACUUGUCACUCCUUCAGGCACGCAGGCUCGCGCUCCUCUUGGAAACAAAACCACCAAUGCGAAAGCGAAGAACGGACAAGUACAAGGUGUGAAGAGUAUUGUCAAGGAGCUCGAGAAGACCGACGCCAAACAAAACACAAUCCAGAAGCCGAAGAAUAAGGGCCCGGUUGUUGACCCUCUAAAGGUUGCUGUUCACAUCGACCUGGGUGGGGACGAACAUGAGAUUGAGCAUGCCCCGUUGCGGGUUAAAGACCUGCCUUACGAGUCGGAUGUAUUCCCCGAAGGCGGUCUGAACUUCGACGGUCUCAAGAAGGAAAACAUGUUCAAGGGCUACUACAACCAUUUCUACAACCCUCUCGGCGAAGACGGCCUCAGAUUCGAGGACCGUAAGCACGAAGAGCGGAUGCAGAAAGCUCUCAAGAAGAACGACGAGGAAAUCAUUCACGACAUCGAUUCGAUGGACUGGUCCGUCUCGGAUGUCCCGGAAACCAGGAAACUUGUUCAGAAGAAGACGGCACCAGUGGCCAACCUUACGAAGAUGAACAUCAAGCCUUCGGUCAAGUAUCCAGCCACAAUCAACUCGCGCAGAGCUGCUUCAGCUCUGUCCAUGACUGACGGCUCGACGGUGAGGGCAAAGAAGUUGCCCGACGUCCCCGUUCGAAGGCCUAUCUCUUCACUGCUACCUGGUAAAAGAGUCGCCAAAGCACCCACAGCGCCGUCCAAGUCGGUGGCGGCAGAGAGCGCUGUAGGGGAGGCUGCCUCAAGAAGCACGCUUGGUUAUACCAAGGGCCGAUCCGCUUCCUCGCUGAUCAGUGGUCGAGCUCCCAUGCCAGGAACGGUCACUGAGACGGCUAGAACCAACCCUCCGACCUCAGCGUCUGCAUUGACUGUACGACGAGAUCCCGCUCCCCAGAAGCGACAAACCACCGAAGAAGAGCAGCAGUCUCUCCAGCGCCUUCAGUUCCUCUCCAUCUUUGAACCCGAGGACGACAUCGAUGUUGUUGGGUCUGCUCCUCAAUUUGAUAAUGACGAGGACGAAGAGUUUGAGUUGAAGCUGGAGUAA